AAUUUAAGCCAUAGGCGACUCCUCUGGGUCUUACAGGCCUAUUAUUAUUAGCAAGCAAUCAGUGAUUAGUCGGUUAUAUAAAUAUUAGUUUUCAGUAAUAAACCAAAGAUGUAUGUACCGCAAACUAUAAAAGCAAAUGUUUCGGGUUCAGUCAUUUAGUGUGUAUUUCAAACUAUUCGAGCGGUGUAAUAAUUAUUUUCGAAAAACAAUAAACAUGUGGCGAAUCACACUCUUCAGUGCCUUACUAAUUCUACUCUGUCAUGGAGAGCCUGCCGAUAUUGCGCGCUUAGUGAAUGAUUUGAGUCAAGUCUUGGAUGCCACAAGUAACAUAAUUUUUUCAUUCGAACCAACACCGCUUUUUGCAACUAUUACGAGGAACUUGACUUUGCCGAAGAUCAUAAUUACAAGAAAUAUAACAUACGAAGUGAGAAUGACUUUCGAUACGCAAAUACUUAGUGUGGUUUUGCUCGAAGAUACUCCAUCAUUGGAUUUUCGCUGGCACAGUAUAGUCUUUAGCACCCUCAGACGUCUGCAUCACAUCGAUGUACUCUUCUAUUGGCCUCGGGAAAUCACUGCUGCGACAGAAAUAUGGUUAGAACUCUUCACACUUUAUUGGCAACAUGGCUUCUCCAAUUUGUUGGCGGUAGAUGUGGACGGCCAACUCUUAACACUGGAACCAUUUCCACAGCUGCGUGUGAUUAACACUACUUUACAGUCGUACAUAAGUCAACGUAAUAAUACUUGGCGUGAUUUGAAGGGUCACCGCUUACGCAUCUCUUCCGCGCACGAUCCACCGCGUACGCUCAUCUAUCGACAGCCCAACAACGGCGAAAGACAGUUCGAUGGCGCUGCGCCUCAAAUAUUCGCUGCGUUCGCGAAGCGUUAUAAUGCAACGAUCGAACCCGUGUUAGCACCAAACUCCGCUGAUUUUAAUAUAGAUCACGUAUGUAGUGAACGAUUACAGGCACGCCUUGUAGAUGCUUGCAGCGAUUGGGGGGUGUAUAGCGCCGAGACUAUUGUGAGCACGCCGUUACAAUUGUAUAACUGUUAUUUAGUGGUGCGUUAUGCGCCACCACUUUCCAAGCUUUAUUACUUCCAGGUGCCCUUUCAGGCGGCCGUGUGGCGGGCUAUCGGAGCCAGCAUCUGUUUGGUGACGCUUAUCACCGCGCUGUUGACACGACUGCAGCGCGGUGAGUGGCACUUCGGUCGUCUGGGUUUGGAUGCGUGGGCUAGCUUUCUGUACUUGCCGUUUGAUCUGCGGUCGAUGGGAACACGCUUGCGCUCACUUAUAUUUGUAACGCUCUGCGUAAGUGGUUUCAUGCUAAGCAAUAUGUAUCUAGGCUACCUGUCGAGCAUACUUGGGAAGAGUGUUUAUGAGCCACAAAUUAAGACGCUGGAAGACUUUGAGCGCAGCAAUCUAACUGUUAUGGCGCAUGAGUAUCAAAAUUUCGUAUUUAGAAAAUAUGGCGUACCACCGAUUGUGGCCGAACGCUUGCAUAUCGUCAGCUAUGAGGAAUUUCUCGUGCAUCGCAAUAAUUUCGACACUCGCUACGCCUAUAUGAAUCCAGAGAUAACACAGGAACUCUUUGCCUACCAACAAAAGUUUUUGCGACGCCCUUUCAUGCAGAAAUUGGAGAAACCGAUCAUUUUCGUUUUGGCAGGUCACGCUCUCAAAGAGGGUUGGCCACUGGAGGAACUCUUCAACAAACAUUCUUUAGAAAUGUACGCCGCUGGGCACUACAAACGUCUCAAGGAGGAAGCGAAUCUAAAAACAAUAAGUUUAGGUUAUGUUAAUUAUGCGAGAAUGGAGCGUACGGGUGUGAGACCUUUGGGUCUGGAGUAUAUUGCUAUGCCAGCGUUGCUUUUGGGCUGUGGCUAUGGUUUGAGCUUUAUGGUGCUGCUGUUGGAGUUAUUGUUUGCGAAAAUGAAGAAGCAUCGGGAGAAUACACUUAAAUCUUUAUCAAAUUAGAGUUGUAUUGUAAAAAUUUUAAAAUUUAUUAUGAAAAUUAAUGUUAGCAAGUGCUUGAACUGUCUUUGUGGCAACGAAAAUAGAGACACGCCGCAUACCAAAGUGACAGUUAUGUUAUAUUGAAUAUGAUAAAUUAUGGAUUUUUAUUAUUACAAAAACAAAAAAUGCAACGCUGCGCAAUAAAGGCAUACACCCACACAAAUCGGAUUUUUUUUUUUUUUUUUGAUUUUCUUUAAUUAAUCAUUGUCUACGGCACACAAAUAU